AUUUCAGCCCCGCAUUCGGAGCCCGAAAGAAACCCCGGGGGCUCUGCGAACAGCACAUCCAAGGCUUUGCACUUUUCAACUACAGCGGACUCGAGGUUCGACGGCCUGGUUGGAAAACCGGUACAGUGGCAACAGCGCCGCCGCUCAUUUGUACGGGCAAACUUGUAUAUGUCGACGUGUUUCAACGCCCGCCUAUGUGUUGAUUCACUCGUGGUCGGGCAAAGCAGCCUCUAUCUUUGCGAGCGACUACAGCCAGUUGAGCCGGUGCGGGGCCAGGGGCUCAGGGCGAUUCAACGGAAACAACACCACUCGCAGCCGCUCAUGUAGAAAUACGAGAGAGGCACCAGGCUGCCGUCGAAACCGAAAUUCCACCAGUUUGCUUCGCUUCGCUACGUAGACGACAUCAUGGGGAAGUCGAGAGUCCUGACGCUAAUUGAAAAAGUCAACAUCAUCCGCGAGUACUUGCGGACUCAGCAAACAACGGGUUUGGCGAAAAUGUUCAAUUGCCACCGAGGCCAAGUCCACCACAUACUCAAGCACAAAGACGAGUAUCUAGCGGACUGGCUGGCCACGAAAGACCCGACUCGGACGCGGAGACCGCGUUGUAAAGUGCUGAACGCACUGGGCUUGAUUCUGUUCGAGUGGAUUCUGCGCUGCAGCCACUACGAGUUCACGCUCACCGACGAGAUGGUAAAAUCAACGGCCUCGGAAAUAGCCAAAAUCCUGCAGUACCGCCUGUUUAAGCCCAAUCCCAAAUGGUACUCGCGGUUCAAGAUCAAAUACAAGUUGGACGGGCUCACGAGCUGGGACGACUGGCAUUCCCAGGUGGGAGUCAAUCAGCAGAGCUUAGACCUGACUGAAAUAUUGAAUGACUUGCGGGCAAUUCACGGAGAGUCGGUCAUCCCCAAUUACGUUCAGCUCGACGAUGACGAAUUCAAGGACCUCACCGUCCGGUGCUACGGGAACAGCAACGUGGCCCAGGAGCUUGGGAAGCUUAUCUGCAACGGCAAUGCAGACGACGAUAUGGACGUCGCCAGCACCGAGCCGGUGGACAUCUUCGGGGAGUCUUCGAACAGCCACAGCGGCUAUGUAUCGUACAAUGGAUCCGAUUCCGACGAACAAUAUGCAACCAUAAGCAUCGAUAAUGACGAUUCCAAUGAUGCUGUCGAUAACAGUGUCAGCCAGUCCCACAUCGAGCAAGUAGUCGAGCGGGAAGCAAAGCCAAUCCAGAGUUACCGGGAAGCGUUGAAUGCAUUGGGACCUUUGGAGCAGUUCGCCCUGUUGAAGGAGGAUGUCCGGGCCGUGGGGCUCAUCAACCAAUUAGAAAUUCUGUUCCAGGACAAGAUGAAAGACGACCCCCAAUAGGAAACCGGAUUGAGGAUUUACUUUUAAUUGAUAUCUUUAUUUUUACAUUUACAUUUAUAUGAAUUGAAUUGUUGGCAUAUGUAUCAUAUGGCUAGAAAUAUACGCUUAAUUUGUAUUCAA